GGACCGCUCGUCCCCAGCGUGUUUUAAGCCUGAACGCACUGCUCUUAUAAAGGCGUAUGUGCACAGUGGCUAAAUUUCAAUUCAGGCCCCGAGCCGACAGCAGACCGCCACCGUCCACAGGCGCGCAGGGGGUUUAUGAAGCUAUUCGUGACGGAUUUCACACCGUGGAAAGAGUCAACAUGGGAACCUAAAUCAAACAGAACCAGCGUCGGAAAGUUUUUGGUGGGGGACCCAUAACAAAGCAGGACCGAGGGAGGAUAGCAACGUGAGGUGGAAAGACCGUCUUUUAAGAAGUGAGAGUGUCUCAGUGAUAACUGAGGCAGGAGCACAUUACUGCCGCACUGAUACUAGUGAUACUAGUGCUACUAGUGACAGGGCGGGAUCUAUGCUGUGACAGGAUUUACAGUGAAUUCGAGCGAGUGCGACCGCUCUCUGUGAAAUGCGCUGAUUAGAGAGCUGCAAGGUGAGAAGGUGCUUAGCUAGGAGGGCCGACAGAUGAGCAGUUUGAAAAAGAAAUACAUUAAAUCAACCGUUGUACCGAGUGUUAAGCAUGAUUCCCCGGCUGAAGUGGGUCUCACGCGUCGUCAGUAGGUGUCACCCUGCGGUAGGAGAGGGACGUGGGCGCCGUGCCGGUGUCCGGCUGAGCACCGGGAGCAGCCUGAGCUCUGAAGAGGAGGUGAAGAGGUUUAUCGUCGAGAACACGGAGGUGGUGAGGGGGCCUCAUAACACCCCGAACAUUAGCCUCAGGCUGUUCACCCCGAGCUGCCGGUUCUGGCUCGCCAGGCCAGAGCUGUGGCCGUUCUCCGAUCCGUACUGGGCCAUCCACUGGCCCGGAGGGCAGGCGCUAACCAGGUGUCUGCUUUCCAGGUACCUGCUGGAGGCGCCGGCCGUCGCCCGGGACAGCAGGGUGUUGGACCUGGGGAGCGGCUGUGGCGCCGCUGCGAUAGCGGCGAAACUUGGGGGCGCUUCUUACGUUCUCGCAAACGACAUUGACCCAGUGGCCGCCAUUGCCAUCCAGCUGAACUGCGAGCUGAACGGCUUGGAGCCCGUCCCCGUCGAGACCAGGGACCUGAUCGGCUCGGAGGCCGAGAGCUGGGACCUCAUCCUCCUGGGAGACAUGUUCUACGAGGAGCAGCUGGCCAGCAGUCUUCACUCCUGGCUGCGGGAGUGCGUCCGGGCCCGCGGCACCCAGGUGCUGAUUGGAGACCCAGGCAGGGCUCAGCUGCAGAACCAUGGCAUCAGGAAACAGCUGCGCCGGCUGGCCGCCUACGAGCUUCCUCCCUCUCUCAGGGAGGAGAACUAUGGGCUGACAGCCAGCACUGUGUGGCUCUACCAGCCCGAGACCUAGUGCUGCGCUCACGGAGGGCUCCUGUUGCAGCAGCCCUUUCCCACAGCUAGAGUUUCCAAAUACUGACUUCUUACUUGUUUGGGAAAAUAUACAGCAAUUUAAAUAAUAAAUAAUUCCUUACACUUC